GAUGGCAGAUUACAGCCAUAUUCAAGCACAGUUAUCUCAACAAGAAGCAAAACCACCGACUCCUUCCAUUUAAAGUACAAUUUCAUAAUCCUAGCAGUAAUUCUGGAAGUACAUUUUACUACUUUCUCCUACCUUUUUUGGCGGUUUCACUGUUACAAAUUAUCCAAAUUUAGAUCUAAUUUUCUGGGCUCUGUCGGUGAAGUUAGUAAAGCUGAGCUCUGAUGUUUCUCUGACAUUGUACCACGGUCUACAGCCCUUUAAUGCUUACAUAUUGACCAUGGUUUCAGUGCCAUUUUCUUCACUCUUUCUGCAAGUCUCUGCUAGACUUUCAGCUUGUAUAGUUGCACUUCUUGUAGUUAUUUGGGCCCUUUACUUCAAGACCAGCUUCAUCCCUCGUUCUUCCUCCCAAGAAGACCUCAUUUAUGCUAUCCUGCAUCCUUUGUUAAUGGUGAUUGGUUUCAUUCUUGUUAGUGGAGAAGGUAAUGCAAAUUCUGUUGAUGGGAUUUGCUUUUGUGGAGCAAGAAAUGCUUUUAAUUGUUGGUUUUCUAACAUUUUGCUUUCUUUUUCAGCAAUUUUGGUGCACAGGUGGUUGCCUGGUUCAAGAAAUCUGAAAAAAUCAGUGCACUUGUGUCUUCAAGGUUUGGCUUUGGGUUCUGGGGUUUUUGGGAUUUGGACAAAGUUUCAUAGUCAAGAGGGGAUUGUGGCCAAUUUCUACAGUUUGCAUUCUUGGAUGGGUCUGAUUUGUAUCACUCUGUUUGGUGCUCAGUGGUUGCUGGGCUUUCUGAACUUCUGGCAUAAAGGAGAGGUGCGAACCACGAGGGUGAGAGUCUUGCCAUGGCAUGUCUUUCUUGGCCUCUACACAUAUGCUUUGGCAGUGGUAACAGCUGAGACAGGGCUUCUGGAAAAAUUGACAUUCUUGCAAACCAGAGGAGAUGUAUUGAGACGUUGCACCGAGUCGAUGGUUGUGAACGGUUUAGGACUUGGAUUGGCCCUUCUGAGUGGUAUUGUAAUAUUAGCAGCAGUUUCACCAAAGCAUGAAGCUCUACACUUUAAGAUGAUGUACACAAACAACAAAUGGUUGUCUUCUCAGUAACAAGUAAACCAUCUAUUGCUUCUACGCUUUUAUUUUUCCUUGGUACAACCUUAUUACAAUAAAUAUCAUCUCCAAAUGGCCAACAUUCACCCGGUUAA